GUUGUGGUUAGAUCACGUGAUGUGGGUGACUUCACAAAGGUCAAGGUCAUUAUUGAAGACACAAAGAUGGCAAUGGUAGGAGAAGAUUUCAAGUCUACAAUUGAUACUAGAAAGGCAGGAAGAGGUGAGCUGAAAGCCAGUUGCAUAGGACCCAGCCUACCUGCGUGGUCUCGGCUGAUCGACCACCUGGAUGGGAAGUUCACAUUGCUGGUGAGACCACGACAGGCCGGCAAGCACAUUCUCAACAUCUUCUACAAUGGACUCCAUGUUAGAGGCAGUCCCUUCACGUUGACAGUAUUAAUUCCUGGAGAUGCCUCGAAAGUUUCAUUGAAAGGGCCUGGCUUGAUGGGCGGAGUUCUAAACAGCCACGAGGCGUAUUUCGUAGUUGACACAUCAAGAGCCGGAGGAGGAGAACUGUCAAUCAAAAUUACUGGACCGAAAGGUGGAUUUGAAACCGAAAUGAGCAGAGAAAGAGAAUCCGACAAACUGAUAAAGUGUAGGUACAUCACUAAAGAACCGGGUCGUUACGUCAUCCACGUCACGUGGUCUGGCAAACAUGUUCCUGGGAGUCCUUUUUCUGUCAUUUGGGUGAAAGAGAAAAAGAAAAAGUGCAGAGAAUUUUCUGGGCGUCUCCAGGCAUUUUACGACUAUAACAAAUUGCAUCACCACACAAAAACUGAAACAUAGGGCUUCAUUUUUUUAAAUUUUAUUGAGUCGUGUUUCUUAUCUGUCAUUUAUGUAAUCUUUUAUAGAUCUUUCAAAAUAUAUUUUUGAUUUUUGUUCUGUUUAAAAUCUGGAAGUCUUAUUUAUAUUAUGUCACAUUCUUAGAAUGACAAAAAAAUUUGUUUGUAGCUAAAUACUCUGUAUAACGCCGGUGUACAUUCCUUCUACAAAAAUUUGACUAAAUCGAAUUUAUCAGUAAUUAUAAAUGUUAAUGAACAGAAACCAUGGCUAUUUACUUGUUAACUCAUGCCUUUCAAAUGUGAUGAACUGUUUGUAUAAGUUUAGAAACACAUUUAAAUUUUAUUCGUCUGCCUUUCUUCGUUUUAUUUGUAAAUAUUUGCAAAUUUGGUAAAAAAAACUGCGUUUUGUUGCAUUCACAUUUAAGAUAACUCAGCUAAAUUUUCAAUUCAGAACACCCCCAUUAAAGUUUUUGUAACUAAUUUUUGAUUUAGUCGCAUUAUUUAUAUUUGUUACGUGUAUUAACCAUUGUUGCGUUACUGACGUUAAAGACUUGAAAAAUAAAUUAGCUAUUUGAUGAAACGAACGAGGAGACCACUGAUUAAAAAGGUUUCAUAAUUUACCAGUUAAAAUGUUUAUCAAAAU